UUUCCUAAUCUGCUACAAACUUGUGCUUCAGGUGAAGUUGAGUUGAGUCCACUGCUUCAGCAGAAACGACAACUUUUCUUUGCGUUUUGCGAAACCGCCUUUUGAUGAAGAACGCCUCAGACCCUGCAGGCUCCUCGCCGCCGGCGCAAGCCGGCGAGAUAUUUCCAGAGACGAUGCCCUGCGGAAUGUCCGAGAGCGGCGGAGGCGGUGGGCCCAUGAUCAUGAUCAACGUUUCUCACGGUUCCUCUCACCACGAGGUCCACCUUCCAGCCCAAUCAACUUUCGGGGAUAUUAAGAAAUUGCUUGUGCAAAAAACUGGUUUAGAGCCUGAAGAGCAACGACUUUUCUUCAGAGGGAUAGAAAAGAAUGAUAGAGAGCAUUUGCACCACGAAGGUGUGAAGAACAAAUCAAAGAUUUUACUUUUGGAGGGCACUGCUAGCAAAGAGAGGAAACUUGAGGAAACCAGAAAACAUAAUGAGAUCUGUAAAGCUUCUGAAGCUAUUGCUGGGAUCAGAGUUGAGGUGGACAAGCUCUCAGAUAGGGUGGCUGCCUUGGAAUUGGCUAUCAGUGGGGGGAACAAAGCUUCUGAGAAAGAGUUUGUUGUGUUGACAGAGUUGCUUAUGAGUCAAUUGCUGAAACUGGAUGGUAUUGAGGCUGAAGGUGAUUCAAAGUUGCAGAGAAAAGCUGAGGUGCGUCGUGUGCAGAACUUAGUGGAUACUUUAGAUUCUCUAAAGGCAAGAAACUCCAACCCUUUCAGUGACAAUGCUGUCACGGUAACAACCCAAUGGGAAACCUUUGAAUCUGGAAUGGAAAGCUCGAAUGCCCCAUCACCAACCUCAUCUUCAACAAAAAUAACUCAAGAUUGGGAGCGGUUUGAUUAGUUCAGAAAUUGCUAUUGAACAUUAAAUUAUAAAAGCUUAUACAACACCAUAAUAUUGGGCAUUCAUCCUUGUUCAAGGUUCAAGUUUGCUUUAGACGCAACAAGAAGGUUAUGGUGGUCACGAAUUUUAGUUGCAGGGUUCAGAGGUAAGGUUGCGUACGUUUAAUACUCCUGGUGUAGUUAAUUUUGGACAAAACAUGUAGAACAAAUUAGAUUCUUUUUACUUUGAAUAAUAUUGUUGCAUAUUCGGUUCACUUUGUUUUUUUAUCUUCUCUUUGUAAAGUUGUGCAUAAGUUAUGCUUUUAUUAGGGGCGUU